AUGACCGGUCGCCCACCCCCGGGGGGCUCUUCAGCCUCCCGAAACGACCUCCUCCUCGAUCUUGACAAUGACCAACCCGUUUACAGCACAGGGCAACGCUCGGCCCUGAACGACGAUGAUCUCCUCAACUCGUACGCCUACGACCAAGGUACCGCCGCGCCGUCGCGACCUUCCGUGUCCUACGACGACUUUGUCGGCUCCGGCCAGUCCCGACCCCCCGCCGGAAGGCCGCCACCUUCCGGGCCCUCAUUGGGUUCCACGUCGCGCCCCGUUGGGCCCUACGGUCCGGAAAUCCACCGACAGUAUAGCCAAACAUCAGACCUGGGCAACUACCAGAGAUAUGCCGAUGACUUCGACGAUUAUCCCGAUGAUGGCGGGUAUUACCAACAAGGGGGGGCUAUGGCCGGUGGUAGCUCAUCGGCAGCGGUGCAAGAUGCGAGGAAACGGAACAGCGUUCUGAGCUUGGGCGGCGGGUUCCUCGGGAGGGUAAAAAACAGGCUCGGGAUGGGUCAGGGUUACUCGGAGAUGGACCUCCCAUUAACAGAUCCGCGAGCUGGGGCCGGGCCCGGGGCUGGACCCGGAGGUCGGACAGACACGGCCGGGGCGCCGCCCCCGCCAAAAGAGAAGAAGUUCGACAUGGGCAACUUCAAGUUUGGCUUUGGGCGCGCAAAGGUCGAUCCAUCUACGCUUGGACCCCGCAUCAUCCACCUCAACAACCCCCCCGCGAACGCCGCCAACAAGUACGUCGACAACCACGUCUCGACGGCCAAGUACAAUAUCGCGACCUUCCCCCUCAAAUUCCUCUUCGAGCAGUUCUCCAAAUUCGCCAAUAUCUUCUUCUUAUUCACUGCCGGGUUGCAGCAAAUUCCAGGACUUUCGCCUACCAACCAAUACACCACCAUCGGGCCCCUUAUUGUGGUGUUGUUGGUAUCAGCAGGCAAAGAGUUGGUGGAGGAUUAUCGCCGGAAGCAGGCCGAUAAGUCCCUCAACAUGUCAAAGGCCCGCGUUUUGCGCGGCUCUAGCUUUGAGGAGACGAAGUGGAUCAACGUCGCCGUCGGUGAUAUCGUCCGGGUCGAGUCCGAGGAGCCGUUUCCAGCCGAUCUCGUGCUUCUAGCAAGCUCCGAGCCCGAGGGCCUGUGCUACAUUGAGACGGCCAACCUUGAUGGAGAGACCAACCUCAAAAUCAAGCAGGCGCUUCCCGAAACCUCAUCGAUGGUGAGCUCGACCGAGGUCAGCCGGCUUGGCGGCAGACUCCGCUCCGAGCAACCCAACAGCAGUCUGUACACGUACGAAGCCACCCUUACCAUGCAGGCGGGCGGAGGGGAAAAGGAACUGUCCCUAAACCCGGAGCAGCUUCUUCUCCGUGGCGCCACUCUGCGGAACACCCCCUGGAUCCACGGAGUUGUCGUCUUUACCGGCCAUGAGACUAAACUCAUGCGAAAUGCGACCGCGGCGCCCAUUAAGCGGACCAAAGUCGAGAGGCAGUUGAACAAACUUGUUUUGGCCCUGGUUGGCAUGCUACUUGUCCUUAGUGUCAUCUCGACCGCCGGCGACCUGAUCAUGCGCCGUGUUUCCGGCGACUCCCUCAAAUAUCUCGCCCUAGAGGAGUUGGACGGCGCCGCCGCCAUCGCUCGCAUUUUUGUCAAAGACAUGGUCACCUACUGGGUACUUUUCUCCGCCCUGGUCCCCAUCUCGCUCUUCGUCACCCUCGAGAUGGUCAAGUACUGGCACGGCAUCCUCAUCAACGACGACCUGGAUAUUUACCACGACGUCACCGACACGCCUGCCAACUGCCGCACCUCCAGCUUGGUGGAGGAACUCGGCAUGGUCGAAUACGUCUUCUCGGACAAGACGGGGACCCUAACCUGCAACCAGAUGGAGUUUAAGGCGUCCUCUAUUGCUGGCAUCAUGUAUGCCGAGACCGUCCCCGAGGACCGUGUUGCAACCAUUGAGGACGGCGUCGAGGUUGGCAUCCAUGAGUUUAAGCAACUGAAGAAGAACCUCGAGGAGCAUCCGAGCGCGCAAGCUAUCCAUCACUUCCUCACACUGCUUGCCGUUUGUCACACUGUGAUUCCGGAGCGGAACGAGUCGGGCGAGAUCAAGUACCAGGCCGCCUCCCCUGACGAGGGGGCCCUCGUCGACGGGGCGCUGCAACUAGGCUACAAGUUCUUCGCCCGCAAACCACGUGCUGUCAUCAUCGAGGUCAACGGGGAACAACUGGAGUACGAGCUUCUGGCUGUCUGCGAAUUCAACUCGACCCGGAAAAGGAUGUCGACUAUUUACCGCUGUCCCGACGGAAAGGUCCGGUGCUACACCAAGGGUGCAGACACUGUCAUCCUCGAGCGUCUGAAUGAUAACAACCCGCACGUCGAAGCCACCCUCCGCCACCUCGAAGAAUACGCCUCUGAAGGAUUGCGGACGCUAUGCUUGGCCAUGCGCGAGGUCUCGGAGCACGAGUUCCAGGAGUGGUAUCAGGUCUACGACAAGGCGCAAACGACCGUCAGUGGUAAUCGUGCUGAAGAGCUGGACAAGGCCGCCGAGCUCAUCGAGAAGGACUUUUACCUCCUCGGCGCCACGGCCAUCGAAGAUCGGCUGCAGGACGGCGUCCCAGAGACGAUCCACACCCUCCAAGAGGCCGGCAUCAAGGUCUGGGUUUUGACUGGCGACAGACAGGAAACUGCCAUCAACAUCGGCAUGAGCUGCAAGCUGCUCAGCGAAGACAUGAUGCUUCUUAUUGUCAACGAGGAGAGUGCCGAUGCGACGAGAGACAACCUGCAAAAGAAGCUGGAUGCCAUCCACAACCAGGGUGAUGGCACCAUUGAAAUAGGGACCCUAGCCCUUGUCAUCGACGGCAAGUCAUUGACGUACGCGCUGGAGAAGGACCUCGAGAAGCUCUUCCUUGACCUCGCUGUUAAGUGCAAAGCAGUCAUUUGUUGCCGCGUCUCACCCCUUCAAAAGGCUAUGGUGGUAAAGCUGGUCAAGAAGUACCAGAAGGAGUCCAUCCUCCUCGCCAUCGGCGAUGGAGCGAACGAUGUCUCUAUGAUUCAGGCCGCCCACAUCGGCAUCGGUAUCAGCGGUAUGGAGGGUCUCCAAGCCGCGCGCAGCGCCGAUGUGUCGAUUGCCCAGUUCCGCUUCCUCCGCAAGCUACUCCUAGUCCAUGGCGCGUGGAGCUACCAUCGCGUUGCUAAAACCAUCCUGUUUUCCUUCUACAAGAACAUCGCCCUCUAUCUCACACAGUUUUGGUACGUCUUCCAAAACGUCUUCUCUGGUGAGGUCAUCUACGAAUCCUGGACACUGUCUUUCUACAACGUCUUUUACACGGUCCUCCCUCCUCUCGUUCUCGGUAUUCUUGACCAGUUCGUCUCCGCCCGGCUACUCGACCGCUACCCGCAGCUGUACAGGCUCGGCCAGACCAACAGCUUCUUCCGGGCCAGCGUCUUCACCUCCUGGAUCCUCAACGCCGUCUACCACUCCAUCAUCCUCUACCUCGGCGGCUCCGCCUUCUACAUCUACGACGGCGUCCAGCGAGACAGCUUCCCCGCCGGCAAAUGGGUCUGGGGUGCCGCCAUGUACGGCGCCGUCCUCCUCACCGUCCUCGGAAAAGCCGCGCUCGUCACCAACAACUGGACCAAGUAUCACGUCAUCGCCAUCCCGGGAAGCAUGGCCAUCUGGGUCGUGUUUGUCGCCGUCUACGGCACCGUCGCCCCGAUGCUCAAUUUCUCGAUGGAGUGGUUUGGGGUCAUCCCGCGACUGUUCACCAGCCCGGCCUUCUGGCUCCAAAUGCCUACCCUGGCCAUUCUCGCUUUGGCGAGAGAUUUUGGGUGGAAGUUCAGCAAGCGGCUGUGGAAGCCUGAGCCGUACCACCAUGUGCAGGAGAUCCAGAAGUACAACAUCCAGGAUUACCGGCCGAGGAUGGAGCAAUUCCAAAAAGCCAUUCGCAAGGUCCGGCAGGUGCAGCGCAUGCGCAAGCAACGCGGGUAUGCCUUCUCGCAGGCAGACGAGUCGCAAACCAGGGUGCUGCAGGCGUACGACACGACACAGCACCGCGGGCGGUACGGCGAGAUGGCGAGCUCAAGGCCGCAAUGA